CUUCUCUCAAUGCCAAAUUCAUGGCCUUUCUAUGCGAAAGGCUGUCUACACGCGCAUUAGAAAUCAUACAAGAGCGUAUGUUCAGAUUCCAAAACCACCAAGACUACAGCUACUUAUUGGGGGCCCCUAAAGGUACAGAUCCGGAAGGCACGCUGUCUGUGAAAGGGUUUCAUCACCACACUCAUACACCACACACUGAAGGAGCCGAAUAGUUGCUUGAUAUGGAGACGAUCAACCGGCAGCGCGGCGACGAGAAAUUGCCCUGCGAAUAUGAGGCCAUGGUCGUUGACUGCUACCUGUCUUCUUCUUAUGAGGAUCCCGAACCUCUGACCUGGAAUGGGCCCAGUAUCCUAUCACCGCGUACGCAUCCCGAGGAUAUCUCUGGGUAUGUCUGUGCCAUGUUGUCAUACCCCUACACGUUCGAAUCGGUCGCCAUCUCGCCGUUAUUCCUUCCGCACGUGGGGUGCACCCUCAGCAACUGUAGACGACUCCGCAGUCAGAUCUGGGAAGCAAUCUGUCCAUACGUGCGAGCCAUCGAUCGUUCAGAUUAUCGGUUUCAAAUUUUUGUGCGGCCAAGGAGCGAGCGGGAGCCGGAUGCCACAGGAAAAUUAGGAUUAUUUUCAGGGUCGAACACAAUCAAUCCUAGAAGGAUACUGGAGUCAGGACGUUUUGUUGAAAACACCGCUUGCGGGUAUUAG